GCAUGUGCAUAGAGUAGGAGUAAAGUGCUGUGAGAUCGGCCUAUUUGUGUUUGUCACUGGAUGUCUCCAACCGGUCCCAGUCGAUGGAAAGUGCGAUGGUUGUUCCGCACUUGAACCUUUGAGAACCGGAGUAUAAAGACAGCGCAGACAGUGGCAGAGCAUUUCCAUCCGGAUGGUUACUGAUGUCGCCGAAGGGAUAGACUUCAAACACGUAUACACAUUUACAACAUUAGCAGCUAAAUCGGUGAACGGAAUGGCGCACCUGUGGAAUGCGUCAACGACCACAUUGGUUAUGCUGGUUGUGGCAGCCUGUGUGGUGAAUUCAAUGCACAUUCCAGAAGAUAUGGAGAUUUUGGAUGGCUAUAACAUGGAAUCAGCGGGAACUGAAAUUAACCCAGAGGAGGAUUUUUACGAACAGCGGAGUUUAUUGGAACCAUUAUACUAUCGAGCAAUUCGGGACAAGCGAGAAAUUCCCUAUCGCGUGUUGGAGUCUCCAGGUUUGAGAAGCCACUUCCGACCUCAGACGGAUGAUCAAGAUCUACACCAUCGUCGAAAUCGUUUGGUACACAAAAGACAGCGGAGAAGUACUACGAGUGGAAGUGACGACGCAACGGAAGAAACAAAACCUACUGAAGAACUUCCAAUUCCAGAACAUCAAAGAAUGGAUGAACGCACCAUGGAGUCGUGGGCGAAAACUCCUUAUCAGGUGAAGAAACCAGCUAAAGAGGAAGAAAUAGAUUCUGAAGCGGAAGCUUCUAUGAUGAGCGAGGGAAUCAAAGCGAGAGCUCCUCGGGUCAACUUCGUCACGCAGAAGAAGUUUAGCUCUGAUCAAUCGGAGGCUCGCGAAGACAAGGAGAAGAUUAUCCCAGAGCUGUAUAGGAAACCGCUAGCCAGAUUAUUCUACGAAUAUCCAGCGGUGCCAAGGGCAUACGACUCAUAUUCCGCCCAUUCGCAGUCCCCAAUGUAUCCCAAAAUCUAUAACAAAUACGAUGAGUACCAUCGGGAUAUGAUGGAUCGGAUGCACCCGCCAGCGCCGCACCGGUUCGACAUGUACUACCAGCGUCGAUACGAUAACGACUACGACAGCUACUUCCCAAGAUACUCAUUUCCCAGCUACUAUUACUAUCCGGACAAACGGUUUGACGUCCCGUCCUACUAUCGUGACCGGAACUACCUACUCACAAACGAUGUCAUGGAUCAACCGGUCAUCCCACCCUCAACCUACAUCCCGUCGAGAAACCGCCGCAUCAUCUACUACGCAACACUACCCGAAGUCGUCCGGACACCCCCGAACGUAGACUUGCGCUAUCGCAACUACAACAAGUACCCGAAUCGGUACGAUCCGUUUUACCCCACGAAGGCCCCCUACAAAGUGUCCACGGAGCGUAAUCCGACUGGGGAUCGGAAGGACGACAAAUACGUCAGUUCGACGCCCAUCAAGAUCGUUCGGGAUCUGGAGGCGCAACAGGAGACGCCCGGAUCGAACAAUUCGGCUGGACGGCGAGAAUACUCGGUCAAUGUUGGCGGUGGAUCCCGGAAUAAUAACUACCACAAUGAUGGGGAUCGGUCGUACUACGGAAGGCAUCAUUGAGGGAAGGAAGUGCGGAUGUAGAUUAUUUUCAUUACUUUGUAGCUUUUAUUUAGAACUGUGUAGAUCCAAUAAUAGUAGACAAAAAGUUUAUGAUGUGAUGACAUUUUUUUAAAAUAAAGAUUUAGGUUUAUUUCUCUUGUUGAAAUGAUGACA